AUGACGGUCGUGGGUCUGUUGUAUGGAACACAAGUGGGGCCUGUUGUGGAGAUCAUCAGUUGUACAGAAGUUGUAUGCACACGAGAUGAGCAGACGAAUCGACUAAUUGUCGAUGGAGAGAAUGUGGCCGAGCGCCUUAAUUUGGUUCAGCAAGUGUCGUCGGACUAUGAGCUGGUGGGGUGGUACACUGUGGCACAGACUCCUACCGAUGAUGAGAUGAGUCUCCACAAACAGAUGUGCGACCACAUAAGCAACCCUCUGAUGCUGCUAUUUUGGAUGUCGUCAGAGGAUAAGGCCAUCCAAGCCAACUUGCCCGGACUUUAUGAAUCCAUUAGUGAGGAAUCGGGAGCUAUCCAUCAUCUGGUAAAAGUCCCAUUUCGAAUGGAAACGGAGGAUGCAGAGAACACGGCUCUCAAUCAUAUUGCAAAGAGUGCAACCAGUACCGGUGAUGCCAAUGAUAAUAGUAAUAAGUCACAAGUUUCCUUACAGAUGACACAGCAACUUAAUGCGAUCGACAUGCUACAUUCGCGAACGAAAACCAUCUGUGAGUACCUGACUGAUGUCCAGCAAGGCAAGGUGAGCUACGAUCCAAAAAUAGUGCGUGAGAUUGCGAAUCUUUGCGACCGUCUCCCUGCCCCAAUCAGCUCAGACUACCAAUCACAGGCUGGAACGGAUCAAAAUGACGUGCUUCUAACAAUGCUAUUGGCCACGUUUACAAAGGGUUGCAGCGCUAUGAAUCAGUUUUCAACAUCAGUGCAGAGGAUACAAGUGGAGAAAAGUAUGCAUAAAUUGCCAGAUGUCGGUUUGAUAGGCAAAGACAACUUCCCUACGGACUGGUGAUGAGCAACAAUCACAUCCAAGGGAUUUUUAUCCCCACGUCAAAGAUGCUCCGCACUUAGUCAACAUCUUCUGAGUCAUGUAUUUUAGUUAUAGUGGUAAUAGGUAUCCGCAAGGAGGGCUGUAACAUGAGAUAAGAUCCAUCCUUCCUGAAGGCGGGUUCACUGCCUCUACCAUCCCUCGGGAUGUAAGAUCCAUCCCUACGCUAAAACAGACGCCUAUGUGAGAGAAAGGGUCUAGCGCGCAGUACCCCGAAACGUCUGAUAUGCGAAUAUGCCUGCCUGCUUGCCUGCCUGUGGUCAAGUGCUAGCUGAGGGCGAGGAUCAGAUCUGGGACCAGAUGUUCGUUUCUCAUUUACAGAGGCAUAAUCCUUAAGGUUUAUACGAGAAUAUAAUUUAUUUCCCAAACUUGGUGACUGUAGGUAGAUCAAAGCUCAAAUGAAGUGGCGCAGUGUGGCAGCGGGUAUACAAUGGCUCUAAAACCGGAUUUCGCUCGCUCAUCGGAUUUGAUUGCUGAUGUCUCUCGCAUUAUAUCGAUAUAACAUUGCUCGCCUCCAGAGGUUGGAGCUAUACAAUAAAACAG